AUGAAGUAUUACCUCUGCCAUGGUGGGCCGUCACACAUAACUCGGCACGAUAGAGUUACAACAGCCCUGGAGGGAGCGGAGCGUCAGCAAUGGCAGCACCGCCAGCAAGCAGCACCGACACAAUGUCAACGCCAGGCUAUCACCCAAUCAGACCUGCAGCAGCUCUUGACCCCUGCGAUCCAGCGCUCCCACUACUGCGAAUCGGACAGGUGCAUGCUCUGGGCCGCCUUCAUGACAGCCUUUGCGGGAUUGCUCAGAGUGAGCGAGGAUACUGCCGCCUCUCCCCGCUCCGCUUCGAAUGGCUGCACUCUGACCCUUGGUCAAGUCUCACUCACUGGGACUCAGAUCAGCAUACGACUUGGGAUAACAAAGACCUCCCAACAUGGCACUGGGGGCCAAGUCAUCUUGCAGCCAUGGUCCGGCAGCCAGCUCUGCCCUGUCCAAGCAAUGCGCAAGUACCUCGCUAUCCGCCACGCUACGCAAACGACGUCACCGCUGUUCAUAUUCCGAAGUGGGCAAUAUCUCACAGCCAAGGAUGUGAACUACUGGAGGACGAGAGUCCUAGGUCCGGGUGGUAGCAGUCACUCCUUCAGGAUCGACAGGGCUACUGCAAUGGCCGGAAGGAAUGCCUCAGCUUGGCAGCUCCAGAAGGCCGGCCGCUGGGCUAGUGACACGUACAAAACGUACCUCCGUGUGCCGGCUGGCCUGCCUCUUGGUCAGCAAUGA